AUCUAAACAUGAAUGAUGGUAAUGGUUGGACAGUUGUGUCAGACCAACAAAAGGGAUUGGUUCCUGCUAUACAUGAAGUGUGGCCAGCAGUUGAGCAUAGGCAAUGUGCUAGGCACAUUUAUUCUAAUUGGAGGAAAAUUCAUAGUGGGAGGGUCCUGCAAAGUCAAUUCUGGAAAUGUGUUAAAGCCACCUCUAUGCCAAUUUUUCAAACUGAAGCUGCCAAGCUAAGGAUAAUUUCAGAGCAAGCUUAUGAAGACUUCAUGGCUAGAGACCCCAACACAUUCUGUAAGUCUCAUUUCAAAUGUCACAGUAAAUGUGAUGUUGUAGACAACAACAUGGCAGAAACAUUCAACUCUUUUAUAUUACUUGCAAGAUAUAAACCUAUAGUGUCCAUGUUAGAGGAUAUUAGAUUAUCUAUAAUGGAUAGAAUGCAAGAGAAAAAGAAACUGGUGAGUAAAUUUGUGGGGGGAGUUGCACCUAGAAUUCAUAAGAAGUUGGAGGAAGCAUAUCAGGAGCAAGUUCAUUGCCGUGCCCAUUGGAAUGGUGAUGAGAAUGAAACUGGUUUUGAGAUAAUCCAUAGAGGGCAAAGUCAUGCAGUGGAUUUGAAAAAUAUGACAUGUACAUGUAGGAAUUGGGACUUGACAGGAAUACCAUGCCCACAUGCAGUCAGUGCUAUCUUACUUAUGAGAAGGAAACCUGAAAUUUACUUAUCAGAGAUGUAUUCUCAAGAAAACUAUUUGAUUGCCUAUGGAGGAAUGUUAAAUCCAGUACAAGGGAGUAAUUAUUGGGAUACAGAGGGAGAGGGAAUGGUGUUACCCCCAAAUAUUAUUAGAAGGCCAAAGGGGAGACCCAAAACUGCUAGGAGGAGAGACCCAUCUGAAGGUUCCAAGCAUCCUUCUAGGUCAUCAAGGCAGGGAUUAAUACAAAAGUGUAGCAAUUGUCACAGAACAGGGCAUAGAAGACCCAGUUGUCCUGAUGCAGCAACAAAUCCUCCCAGGCCAGCACAUCAACAGGAAAAUCAAUCUCAAGUUCUUGAUGAAGGCACAAGUGGAAGGAAGAAAAGAGGAAGACCAAAGGGGAGCAAAACCAGACCUAACAUUUCCAUUGAAGAGCAUAGUCAAACUAACACUCUUCCACCAUCUCAAGUUUUCAUAAAUAAAAGAUCAAUGGCUAGAGAGGAAGGAGUGAUAUGCGACGGGGCCGAGGCAAAGGAAGAAAUAAUGCAGUCAUUAUGCCAGAGGGUUUUGGCCUAUGGCAUGGUGAUCAUGGUGAAGUAGCUUAUAGAGACCCAAGUGCCUCUCAAGCAACAAUCAUACAGGAAUCAACUCCAAUUUCAACCCAGGAUGUACACCAAGAGGAGCAUACACAGGCUUCAUGUGCACAUAAUAGUGGGUUGUAAUUAUAUGUAAUUAUAUGUAAUUAUAGUUUAGCUUUUGGUAAUAUAUAGACUUGAGGUAGUUGAAUGACUUUUUACUUGUUGCUGGUUAUUGUAAUCAUGACAAACACAUGACAGUCAAAGAGUGACUAAUGUAGUUUGGCUUUUGGUUUGUAUGUUGAUUGUGCAAUGUGAUUAUGA